AUGUUUCAGCACAAAAACUUGAUCAGGUUACUCUGCCUACUGUUUCUGGCCGGAGGACUGCCCACUAGCCAAGCGGAAGAGUUUCCACAAUGUGCCAAUGUGGAGGCAGAUACCUUUGUGAUGGCCAUAGAUGAUUGCGUGAGCUAUAUAUACUGCAAUGGGGAGAACUCCUUUAGGGACUCCUGUCCAGAGCAAACGUAUUUUGAUGCCAAGGCACAGGAGUGCACCUUUGACGAUGCUGGUGUUUGCCUGGAGCCAAUAAGCACAACUACAGCUCAACUAGCAACAGUUGUUGCUGUGACAGUCGACAGCAGCAACGGCAGUGAUGAAUUGCAGCCAGGAGCACCAACUACAUCUACUCCGGCAUCUAUAGUUGCGCAGCCAAGUGCGUCAGAUGGGAGUCGACCACAUUGUAAUACCAUGGGCGAUGGCUAUCAUCCGCAUCCGCAACGCUGCGAGUAUUAUUAUAGCUGCAUUGACGGCUAUUUGACCAUAGUCCGUUGUCCCUACAAAUAUGGCUGGGAUUAUGCGCAGCAGCAGUGCAAGCCAUUGUCGGAGGUGCGAUGCUUUAGCUUAUAG